GAAGGGACAGCCAGUAGUUCCGUGCUGUCGGUCGUGCGGAUAGGAUGCGACGAGUGUGACGCGAGAUAAGUCCCCGUCUCGUCACCCCCUAGAGCCACCCUUAACCCUUGCGAAACGUCGUCAGCCGCGUUGAGACGCGCGCGCUUCUUCAUCACUAACUCGAGGGCAUCAUCCGGAGCACACGAGGCGUUCGAUCGCGAGCGGAAAAAGAACGUUGCCCGCGUCUCCACUCGUGUCCGCAUUUCGCUCGGAGAUCCCAGUUUCACAACCCCCUGUGCCGACGACCGCGUUCGAGGACGCGCGAGUAUACAUGUCGUGAUGCCGCGGGGUGAGCGACGCGGGCCGUCGAGAGAACUCGCGGCCGAGGGUGUUUCGAUCUCAUCCUGACGAUACCAGCCUCGUGCGUCAUCCUCGGUGGACGCUCAAGAGAGUGGGUGCAUCUCGUAUAGAAAUAAUGUUGGUGUGAGUGAGGAAGCCCGACACGGUGGUGGAUCGGAUUCGCGAAUGGAUCGAGGAUACGGUUUUAGAGAUUGUGCCGGUUCUCCGAUGCACGAUUUUACGGAGUGAAAGACGAGCGCGACGCGCCGGGAUACUUUGUGUGUCCUAUUGAGCGCAAGUGUGUGCGACGUGUAACACGUGUGUGACAGUUACCCGUGGGAUACCACUGUGGAUAAUACGCUUUCUUCAACUGCAAAAGGGUGGUUGAAGGUAGUUCGUGUGCGGCAUCGUAUACACACGCAGAUACAUACAUACAUAUAUAUAUAUAUAUAGAUAUAUAUUUAUAUAUAUAUGUAUAUGUACACACGCCAGUGGUUCUCUCUCCGGUGAACGACGAAUUCAUUUUUAAAGGAUAUGUCCGUAUAGUGUUCGCGCGCGAAUCGGAGCUACGAUGGCUGGAUAUUCCAGUGCGUUCAAUACGGAUUUUGUUCCGGAAUCGGCGCUGAGGAUGAGGCGAUCUGCGAUCGAUGUUAUCAGGGAUGCCGGGGAAUUCUCCAGGUGCACUGUAACAAGAUCACCAGCGAGUUUUUCACGUCCGGUCACUACAAAAUUCUGCAAAACAAACAGGAACGUAAGCAGAACGACCGAGCGAAGAACAACGCCGUUAAUAAUUUUCCUCACGCUACUGAUAACAAUGGACGCCAAGACAGUGGCGGCCACGAACAUGACAAACGCGUCGUCCAUCCUGGUGUCGACGCUCAAACCGUUUACAACGACGGAAGUAGUUUAUCAGCGAUUCGCCAUGGAGCCGAUGGAUCAAACCGCGGUGAUUGGCAGUCGAGUGACGCUUCCAUGCCGAGUUCUCGACCAGAAAGGGCCCAUUCAAUGGACGAAGGACGACUUCGGUCUGGGCGCAGUUAGAAAUCUCACCGGAUACGAGCGAUACUCCAUGAUCGGUAGCGAUGAAGAAGGUGAUUUUUCGCUACACAUAUAUCCGGUAGAACUCGAGGACGACGGCACGUAUCAAUGUCAGGCCUCGCCGACGAACGACGGACAGCCGGCUUUACGAUCGAGAUUCGCCAAACUGAGCGUGCUGGUGCCGCCGCACAAACCGAAGAUCACGCAGGGCGAUUUUAUCAUCACCACCGAGGAUCGCGAGUUGGUCAUCGAGUGCGUGAGCACAGGCGGAAAACCGCCGGCGGAGAUCACGUGGAUCGAUGGACUGGGCAACGUGCUACAUCGUGGCAUCAAAACCACGAAGGAGCUGUACGAUAACGGUCCUCUGUACACGGUGAGGUCCGUCCUGCGAGUUAUGCCACGGAAGGAUCACGACAACACUACGUUCACGUGCCAAAGUCAAAACGCCGCGGAUCGUACGCCGCAAAACGCCAAAAUUCGCGUCGAGGUGCGAUACGCACCGAAGGUGUCCCUCUCGAAGAUCGAUCGCAUCGUCGAAGGCUCGGAACUCAGGUUCAAAUGUAGCGCCGAGGCCAAUCCGCCUGACGUGGAGUACAGGUGGUUUAUUAACAAGAAAAAGUUAAUCGGAGAUUACACCACCGAGAUGAUUCUCCACAACGCCACGCGCGAUCUGCACGACGCAACUGUAAAGUGUGAAGUUUCCAAUGACGUCGGUAAAAGCGAGGAGAGCCAAACCUUGGACAUAAGAUACGGCCCGCAGUUUCGGCACCCGCCGGUCUCCGUGGAAACCCGUUUCGGCGCAACGGAGAUCUUGCAAUGCGACGUAGACGGGAAUCCAACGCCGGAGAUCCUGUGGUACCACGAGGACACGGAGCGCAUGGUCGCCACCAGCCCGAACAUAAGCGUCUUUGUGAGCCCGGACACCGCCGGCCGUUACUACUGCAAGGCCCGCGUGCCCGGCUUUUCAGAAUUGACCGGUUACGCCAACAUCUAUAUUCGCGCCCCGCCGAGUAUAGUGUCGCAAAGGAUCCAAUAUGUGCCGGACGAAGGAGUGGUCAAGGUUAAGUGCACGGCGAUAUCCGUGCCAAAAGCGGAAUCGGUGGUGUGGAGCUUCGCCGGUCGCGAGCUCAAUUUCACGUUGAACAAUACGCCGUUCUACGUGCAAGAGGAAUACACGGCCAACGAGGUAGUCAGCACUGUCACCCUGCUGGAUCCAGUAUCGACAUAUUUCGGAGAUUACAACUGCACCGUCACGAACAGCUACGGUACGGAUUCCGUCAUCAUCAAGCUGACGGCGCACACGUUGAUUCCAGUCGAUUGGCAACUGAUCUUGAUCAUCGCCGGGCUGGUUGUCUGCGUGAUUCUUAUUGGCAUAAUUGUCAUGCUCAUUGUACAAUGUCGCGAUCGCAUUAAGCAGCCACGACCACGAACGACGCAGGCACAAGAGACCGAUAUGCAAGAGACCGAUUCCAACGCUGAUCGGUACAGAGAGAGCGACAGGAGCAGUAAUCUCUCGGAUGUCAAAGCAGACAUUCGAGCGGGAUCUAGUGUCAGCAACGCGGAAAGUGUCACGGCACUUGACAGCGAAGGCGAAGGAAGUACGAGAGGUGUUAACGCCUUGGCUCUUGCCGGUCCUGUGCCGAACCCGUUAUCUGGGUAUCGAUACAGCGCCGAUUACACCGAACCCUCCUUCCCGCCGAAAAAUAACGAUGGUAGUAACAAUAACGGUUACGUACCAUAUGUUGACUAUACUCGCGACUACAUGCCACCAACGACACAGAGCGCCUCUCGAGAAUCCUUGAGCAGGAUACCGUCAGGCGGUAUUCUGUCAUCGAAAAAAAUCGGUCUUAGCUCAGCCAAUCUGGGCACCUCGACCCCGCAGACCACACCAGUGAUCGAUCCACGAUUUUCCGCGACAUAUGGCAAUCCCUACCUCAGAAUGUCAGCGGCCGAGCAGCUCCGACACGCGCCGCACACAGCCGUGCCGGGAGUCACGCCGGCACCGCCGCCGUACACGCAGGCAAUGAGAAUGAAUAGCUUGAAUACCUUGAACGGCGCUGGCCCGCAGGUUGGUACAAUGGCCCCGCUGUCGGCGCACUACAUCACCGGAGGUCCGAACGGCGGCAUGGCGACGGUGAAGCGUACUUCCGCGGUGGGUACGUUAGCGACGCACAUGCCCCGCUAUUCGCUCAGUUCCGUACGUUCGAGCGCGACGUCAGGAUCGACGACCGCUUACGGCGGCGACUCGCGACGUCUCGCUGACGUAUCGGAACGAUAUUGUUACGACGACGAGACUCGCUACGCUCGCGACACGGAACGACGCUACAGGGAAUGCGAGCGACUUCUCGGGCGAAGAUCACGGGGCAGCGACGGCGAUCACGGCGAGGUCACGGAUCGGGCACAACGAAUACUCGAGAAUGGCGAAGCGCUUAAGUACAUCGAUCUGAUGCUUCAAAGGCUGCGAAGAGCCAGCAAGGAUCAUCAGGAGCUCGUGCGGCAACGUCACGCGGAUCUGCAGCACGAGAUCAGCAGACGAAUUGACGAAAGGAUUCGGCAGCGGUAUCAUUAUCAUCUGCGAGAUAGGCGCGAGGAUUCGAUCUACGCGUCCAGAAUCUGGUCCAGAUCUUCGAGCAGCCCGUGGGAAUCGGACUCAAUUUUGAGACACUCCCGACCGGACGUCACGACGAGGUUGCUGACGAAGAGACGGGAUUACGGGGGAACGGCACAUAGCAGCACAGUAGAUAUUCUGAGACCGGUAAUUUCGGGACACGUUCGGGACGGAUUGACCGCGGCCACUUAUCAAGAAAUGGAUUAUACCCCCAAGAGCCGUGAUUGGGAGGAAGAAACGUUCGGCGCGUGGAGUCUGCCUGAAGCUUCAUCGAGCAAUGAUCGUAAGACGUCCUCCACUGUUGUUUAACUCGAUUUUGUUGACAAGUGAGCGUGUGAAAAGAAAGAUUUUAUCUCUUCAUCGUUCGAAUAAAAAAGAAAGUAUAUUGACGUGACAGCGUGAGUCACGGAGAAUCUCGUUAGUGGUAAUGAUACGCUUUGCGCUCGGACCGCAUUCGAAAUCGAACCGCCAUCUCUCGUUGCGGCAGUGAGGAUGACGCGUGAAAGGGACGUCCGGUGCGGAAAGGACGCCGAUAUCGAAGGGGAUCGAAUGCACUCUCUUUUUCGGGUCAAUAACAUUAGAUUUAGGGUAAGAGGAGAAAAGAGCGCUAUGCAAGAGGGAAAGUAUAAUGUGCUCGAAGGAGAUUCGUGAAAAGAGGGGAGGUGGAGAGGGAGCGAUGUUGGUUGGGUUCGUGGAUCGAAGGUGCUCUCUUCGGUCGGUGGCGAAAACAGACCACUCGGUAUCGACAAUCUUCUAUUGACGUACUUUAGAUCUUCUAUAUAAUAAGCGUUUAAUAAGACUCGCUCGAGCGGAUAAUGCGACGAGAGACGAACGAUCCGAACGAAUCACGUCGCGAAUUGUUGCUGUCACGGUGGUAGCCGAAUUCGCACACAUCCGGGGAAGGAUUCACGUCGGCGCGAUCGACAACGCGAUUUAUUCUCGCGGAACGCCGAAGAUCCUUUUAAGGCUGAGAGCUUUACCGUAGAUGCUGCUUUCCCGGGAAUUUCGGGUAAAAGACGCCACUCAAGACGCCGAGUUUACGCUCGACAUUUACAACUUGAUAUAAUUCUAACUGACACCGCUCUCAUUAGCAGGGGGAUGCAACGACGAGACAAGUAACGGAUACACCACCGGUAGUUCUUGUAGUGAUAAUUAUUUAACGCGCGACGAUUUUAAUAUUACUCAAACGGGCCGCGUUUACUCAAGCUUUUGAAAAUAAUUUAUCGUCGUAUUUGAGAAUUAAAAAUGAUGUGAUGUGAAAAUGAAAAGAAUUUAAAAAAUUUUUCUUUCGUAGUAACUUUACACAAAUUUUUAUCUCCGAGGCCGCGUUUCUCUCAUUGUAAUGCCACAUACGAGAUGUGCUUCGACAUCUUGCUUGCUUCAUGCGUUGUCAGAUAUCGUUAUAGCUAUAAACGCGAGGGAUGUCGAGCGUAAAUUUAUUGUAUAGCCGGAAACGCUUCGGCUGCCACUUCGAUGUUUACUGUGUCGCGCUGCCUUUUUGUAUUUGUUAGGAAAAAAAAAAAAAAAAAAAA